AAAUCACAAUGAGCUGUUUUUGACUUUGUGUAGUUGCCAUCCAAUCCAACCAUAUUCAAUGCAUUCACAUUCCCUUUGUCCUCUCUGUCUCCAAGUCUACUCGUUCGGCGUUUACUACUCUAGCCUCGAAAUUGCCUUCUUAUUCAUUAUUCAAGUUCAAUGCCAAACUCUGAAACUAAACACAAGACACGGAACAAGCUAACCGAAGUUUAGUAGAAUUUCAAGUUUCAAAAAUGGCUCUGAAUUACAAUGGAGGCGCCUCUUCCUCUUCCUCUUCCACAUCUUCUCCUUCACGUCCUUGGUGGAAAUAUGAUGUUUUUGUUAGUUUUAGAGGAGAAGACACUCGCAAAAACUUCACUGAUCAUUUAUGCAGAGCUUUGGACCAAAAGGGUAUGAUCACUUUUAGAGAUGAUGUCAAACUUGAGAGGGGCAAGCCCAUUGCACCGGAGCUCAUUAAAGCCAUUGAAGAAUCAAGAUUUUCUGUUAUUGUCUUUUCGAGAAACUAUGCGACGUCGUCCUGGUGUUUGGACGAACUUGCGAAGAUUGUUGAGUGCAUGAAAGAGAUGGGGCAAACUGUUGUCCCCGUUUUCUAUGAUGUGGAUCCAAGUGAUGUUCGUAAACAGACGGGGAGCUUUGGGGAGGCCUUUCGUAAACAUGAAGAAGCUGAUUUUGGAGAUGAGAAGUUGCAGAAAUGGAGAGAUGCUUUGGCUGGUGUGGCUAAUUUAUCUGGUUGGCAUUUGCAGGAUAGGCAUGAGGCAACAUUUAUCCAAGAGAUUGUUGAAGAAAUAUGGACUAAGUUGAGGCAGUCAUCCUCAUAUGUUGCUAAGGGCUUGGUUGGAAUAGAUUCGCGUUUGCAAGAAAUAGAUUGUUGUUUAGGUAUGGGGUUGAAUGAUGUUCGCAUUAUAGGGAUUUGUGGGAUGGGUGGCAUUGGUAAAACAACUAUUGCUAGGGUCAUUUAUGACAGCUUUUCCUAUAAAUUUGAUGGUAGCAGCUUUGUCACAAAUAUUAGAGAGAUUUCUGAAAAAUUUGGUUCAGUUGCUUUACAAGAGCAACUUCUGUCUCAAACUCUAAGGGAAAAAAAUAUGAAUCUAUUGGAUAUUCAACGAGACAUGUAUUGUAGGCUGCAAAAUAAAAGAGUUCUUAUCGUUCUUGAUGAUGUAAAUGAAGUAGAACAGUUAGAAGCAUUAGCAGGUGAUCGUGAAUGGUUUGGUCCUGGAAGUAGAAUCAUUAUAACCACUAGAGAUGAGCAUCUGCUGAUCGCUCAUCAUGUGGAUAUAAUAUACAGGGCCAAGAGUUUAGAUUCCAAGGAAGCCCUUCAACUUUUCAGUUUGAAAGCAUUUAAGCAAAACCAUCCUUUUGAAGAUUAUAUAGCGCUGUCUAGGAGCUUUGUAAGCUAUGCUAAUGGUCUUCCAUUAGCUCUUGUAGUUUUGGGCUCUUAUCUCUGUGGUAGAAGUGUAAAUGAGUGGAGAAGUGCACUCAAAAAGCUUAUAGACAUUCCUAACCGGAAAAUUUUUGAUGUACUCAAAAUAAGUUAUGAUGGCCUGGAGGAAACAGAGAAGAACAUUUUCCUUGAUAUUGCGUGUUUCUUUCAUAUGAUGAGAGUAACCCGAGUGACUGAAAUACUAGAGGCCUGUGAUUUUUACCCAGAAAUCGGACUUCGAGUUCUUGCUGACAAAUCUCUCAUAUCAAUUGACGAUAUAAAUGACGGAUUAUAUGUCCACAGUUUGCUAAAAGAAAUGGCUCAGGCUAUUGUUCACCAAGAAUCUCCGAAAGAUCCAGGCAGACGCAGUAGGUUAUGGCUUUACAACGAUAUCCAUCAUGUACUUGAAAAGAAAAAGGGAACGGAGGCAGUUGAGGUCAUAUUCCAAGUUUCAUCUGAAUCAAAAGAGAUCUCUGUGGACUAUGAUGCAUUUGUAGAGAUGACUAAUCUGAGGCUGCUUAAAAUAAGCAAUGUUCGUCUUCCUAAAGGGCUUGAAUUUCUUCCCAAUGAAUUACGGAUUCUUCAAUGGCAUGGAUACCCUCAAAAGUCAUUGACAUCAAGUUUCAAGAUUGAGAAACUUGUUGAACUUGAUUUGUCACAUAGUGGCAUUGAAAUAAUUUGGAAGGAUAUAGUGCAUCUAGAUGCAUUGAAAAUCUUCAAACUAAGUCACUCAAGAAAGCUGACCAAAACUCCAGAUUUCAGAGGAGUUCCAAAUCUUGAGAGGAUUAUUCUUGAAGGUUGUACGAAUUUAUAUGAGCUUCAUCCUUCUAUCGGUGACCUUAAAAAACUUUGUGUAUUAAAUCUGAAGGACUGCAGAAACCUGCCGAGUCUUCCAAGAGUAAUCUCUGGAUGGAGGUCUCUUAAAGUUCUUUUGCUUCUUGGCUGCACAAAAAUUGAGAAAUUACCGGAGAACUUGGAGGAUUUUCAAUGUUUGGAAGAGCUUGAUGCUGGUAAAACUUCUAUUACAGAGGCACCUUCAUCCAUUUUAAGUUUAAAGAACCUUAAAAGGCUGUCAUUUAAAGGAUGCAAGGGACAAUUUCGCUCACAUAGGAACUGGUUCAGGUGCCUGUUGCCAGCAAUAGGCCCAAGCUCCAUGAGUUUUUCAUUUCCUUCCCUGGUGGGGUUAUUGUCGUUGACUGAACUUGAUUUAAGUUACUGUAAUCUCUUUGAAGAUAGCAUCCCAAGUGGUCUUGGCCAGUUAAGUGCAUUGAAUAAAUUAAAUCUAAGUGGGAACAAAUUUGUUAGCUUACCUGCCGGCAUUAAUCAACUUUAUAAGCUGCAAACUCUCAAAUUGGCAGAUUGCCAGAAUCUUCAAGCUCUGACAGAACUUCCGGCAAGCAUUCAAAAUCUAAGCACAUAUAACUGCCCAUCACUGGAAAACUUGAGUGGUCCCUUGAGGUUAAGUUUGUCAAAAUUUCGGGAAUUCUCCCUUCAAAAUUGUUUCAGAUUGCUUGAGAAUCAAGGUGGUGACAAUGUGGCAGUUUCACUGCUAAAACAUCAUCUUUUCUUGACAGCAAGUAUCAGGAUUAUAAAGGUCACAUCCAUGACGCUCAAUCUUUUGGAGAACCAAGAAAGCAACGAUCCACACACUGCAAUUAUGGUCAGUUCAAUCUGCACAUUGUUGAGUAAUCUGUAUCAGGUAUCUUUCAUCCACUCUUUCUUUCUAUUAAUUUCUUUUCCUCUUUUUAACACCAUGAUUUUAAUGAUACAGGAACUUCCUGACAUCCCUUCUGUCAUGCCAAGAUUAGUUGUUUUUUUGCCAGCUAAUGGAAUUCCAGAUUGGUUCAGAUUCCAGACUAAGAGCACUUCAUUAGCCAUUCAGCUGCCUCCAAAUUGGUACAAUGAUUAUUCAUUCUUAGGAUUGGCUAUCUGUGCUAGUUUAGAAGUACAAGAGCAUCCUGGACUGGAACAAAGAAACGAUGCCCAAUGGCUUCCACCAGUUUUGCGGUGUAUUUCAACUCCUUCAGGAUGUGAUUUCAAGUGUAAAUUUUAUUUGUUUUCUACCAAGAGAAGGUGCUUAAUUUUGGGCAAAGAGGCUCUCUUGAAUGGCGACAAAAUGGCUCUAUCAAAUCAUCUGUGGCUUUUCUUUAUACCAUUUGAUGAAUACUUCCAAAAGAGGAAAUGGAGUCAUGUUGAGGCUUACUUUAGACUUGAAGGUUCAGGUCUUGAGUUCAAAAAGUGUGGGGUUCGCUUUGUAUACCUAAAAGAUGUAGAAUUUAUUCAAUCAGUGUUUCAAGGCCUAAAUGAAGCUCAGUUGGAAGACUUUACCAUGCUACUUAACCAUUUUGUACAAGCAGUAGCUAGUGGAAAUGGAAGUAACUCUGUUGAUGAGGAUAAAGAUGGUACUGAGAUUAAAGAAUAUUCAGUUGAUUCUAUUGUUGAACUGAAGACAUGCAACAGCUAAGAACAAAAUGCAGGUACCUUUAUUUUUUCUCUGGUUUGAUUAUUUGACUUCGGACAUAGUUGAUAGAUCAUCCAAUGAGACACCCGUGUAGUUCUGGCAUAUUUAGCCUCUUUCAAAGUUUCCUGUGGCCAUGUCAAGGAUGUGUUGUAUAUCUAUUCUCAUGCACAACUGCAUAAUAAACAAUAAGACCACUGUAAUAUUUCCAGGAGACUUGGUUUUCAUUUCUUUGUAAGGUAUUUGAUACUAUACACUUCAAUAUUUCACUGUGUACGGCUUAAUUGUUCCUUUUUCUUGUAGUUUUGGUUUGAACAACAGUUUAAACAAGAACAUCUUCAGAGC